ACAGAAAAAAAGGGGAUGGUUAGAGAGAAUAACAAUAAUAAUAACUGAGAAAAAAAGAAGAUAUGGUUGAAGAAGAAGAAGAAGAAGAAGAAGAAGAAGAAGAAGAAGAAUGGGAAGAGUAAAAUUGAAGAUAAAGAGAUUAGAGAAUACAAACGGAAGACAAUCGACUUAUUCUAAACGAAAGAAUGGGAUUAUGAAGAAGGCUAAGGAAUUAUCUAUUUUAUGUGAUGUUGAUAUCAUUCUUCUCAUGUUUUCACCUACUGGAAAGCCCAAUCUUUCUUGUGAAAAACGCAGCUUUGAGGAGGUAAUCGCUAGAUUUGCUCAACAAACCCCUCAGGAAAGAACGAAAAGGAAAAUGGAAAGCAUUGAUUCACUGCGGAAAACUUUCAAGAAAUUAGACCACGAUGUCAACAUAGACGAUUUGCUAGGAACAAGUAGCCAAACGAUUGAGGAUUUGACCGGCCAAGCAAAGUUAUUGAGGACCCAACUUUCUGAAGUACAUCAGAGACUAAGCUGUUGGAGAAACCCUGACAAGAUAAACAAUGUGGAUCAUUUGUCCCAAAUGGAGGAUUCGAUGAGAGAAACACUUAAUCAAGUUCGAUUGCAUAAGGACAAUCUGCAGAAGCAUCCUCCAGUACCAUUAGAGUUCACUAAUCAGGAUGGAAUGCAUUUAACUUUUGAUAUGAGUGUUGAGCAACAAAUUCAACAACUCCAACACUUCUCUUGGAUUCCCAAUGAUAGCCAAAAUAUAGUUUUACAUGAUGAUCCAAACUUCGUUCUCCAUCGGGAUGCGGAGUGCUCUGCAAGUUCCUCCUUUACUAGUUAUCCUGGUUAUUUCGGCACAGGACGGAGUCCGGAGAUUUCAAAUUCUGGACAAGAAAAUGGUGUCCUCCCGGAACUAAGCAGAACAGAAGCUCUAAGGCCCCAGCUAGGAGGGCAAAAUUCCUACAUGUCGUAUAAUGUUAAUUUUUUUAAUGACCCAACAUUUCAACCUGCAGCAGAGAUGAACCUGCCAAUAAAUCCUGUAGAUUAUCAUGUUAAUGGGAACUUGGACACCACUCAACACAAUUGGGCUUCUUCUUCUGGCCCUUGUGCUGUUUCAUUGUUAGAUGAUCGCUUGUUUCCUUGAUACAGUAAUUCUGGGAAAAGUUGAUCGCGUACCUGACAGUUUGAGGAUGAUUUUGAACUAUGUUCAACUCGUCUUGUUCAAGUUCAUCGAUACCACGCAACUAUAGCUUACAGCAAGAAGCCGAUAGCCUAAUAGAAACACUAUUUCAGAAGCACCCUCUCGAGGUGGCUGUCACCGAGCAAAGGAGACUCGGCGCUUACUCUCCAUGAAAUGAGGUUUCAGGGAGUUGUUUUCUUUUUCUUGAUCCCUGACUGUCUUGUUUGGCAGCUAAGGCACUGUCUUUGAUUUGCUCCCGCUGAUAUGGAGCUGUAAAUAAAAGUAGCAACAUAGCACACAAGUUAUAGUUAAACGUCUUCUUCAGUUGGCUGAUACUAAUUCAACAUGUUUAGUAACUUGUCUGUCCUAUAAGACAGAGACUAAGAAUAAAAGCAAAUAAUUUUCUGA